AUUUAAUGUCAGAAAUACCCCUUACUGUGAGUCUGUGACCCAAUCCCUAAAACUUUCGUCAGAGUACCAAAACACUGCUCCUCUAUCAUCUCUCUCCUCUCUGUGUUUCGAUACUCUCAGUCUCUAAAAGAUCCUCCAAGACAUUUUUUCUGAUGAGAAAAACUGUUUCUGAGUUUCCAAGUCAGAAGUAUGCAUAUAUUGCAAAGAUGAUGCUUUUCAUAACUUCUUUGCCUUUUUGGGAAGCAAAAUGUUGGAAGAGUUGAUCAUAUACAUUGAAAAAUUGGAUUUCUGAGUUAGUAUUUCUUACCACAUGGAGGACCACUCUUUUGUUGUUGGUCAAGAGUUUCCUGAUGUCAAAUCUUUCCGGAAUGCAAUUAAAGAAGCUGCAAUUGCACAACACUUUGAGCUACGUAUUAUAAAAAGUGACCUGAUCCGUUACUUUGCAAAGUGUGCUGCCGAGGGUUGUCCAUGGCGCAUCCGUGCAGUUAAGCUUCCUAAUGCCCCUACUUUCACGAUAAGAAGCCUUGAAGGGAUACAUACCUGUGGGAGAAAUGCACAAAACGGGCACCAUCAGGCUUCUGUAGAUUGGAUUGUGAGUUUUAUAGAGGAACGACUUCGGGAUAACAUUAAUUAUAAACCAAAGGAUAUACUGCACGACAUUCAUAAACAAUAUGGGAUCACCAUACCAUAUAAGCAAGCUUGGCGAGCAAAAGAACGGGGGCUUGCAGCAAUUUAUGGCUCUUCUGAAGAAGGAUAUUGCCUACUUCCUUCAUAUUGUGAGCAAAUAAGAAAGACUAACCCUGGGAGCAUUGCAGAGGUGUUUACCGCAGGUGCUGAUAACCGGUUCCAGCGGCUUUUUGUUUCAUUUUAUGCAUCCAUAUAUGGGUUCCUGAAUGGGUGCUUGCCUAUCGUGGGGCUUGGUGCUAUCCAGCUUAAGAGCAAAUACCUGGGCACCUUGCUUUCUGCAACUUCGUUUGAUGCUGAUGGUGGGUUAUUUCCACUUGCAUUUGGUGUUGUUGAUGUAGAAAAUGAUGAGAGUUGGAUGUGGUUUUUGUCAGAGUUGCAUAAAGCACUGGAGAUGAACAGUGAAAAUAUAUUGCAGCUCACAUUUUUAUCAAAUGGACAAAAGGGCAUUGUAGAUGCAGUAAGAAGGAAAUUCCCAAAUUCUUGUCAUGCAUUUUGUAUGCGCUUCUUGAGUGAAAGCGUUGGCAGAGAGUUUAAGAACUCAAGGCUUGUUCAUCUUCUGUGGAAAGCUGCAUAUGCCACCACCAGCAUUGUUUUCAAACAAAAAAUGGCUGAAAUCGAGGAGAUUUCUCCUGAAGCUGCUAAGUGGAUGCAACAGUUUCCUCCUUCACACUGGGCAUUAGUAUACUUUGAAGGAACUCGGUACGGUCACCUCUCUUCAAAUUUAGAAGAGUUUAAUAGAUGGAUUCUGGAAGCUCGAGAGUUGCCCAUAAUCCAGGUUAUUGAGCAGAUUCAAAGUAAAUUGAUGACUGAGUUUGAAGAUCGACGCUUAAAGAGCAGUUCUUGGUUUUCUGUACUUGCCCCAUCUGCUGAGAAGCGUAUGAUAGAAGCUGUAGACUGUGCUUCUACAUAUCAAGUCCUUCGAUCAGAUGAAGUAGAAUUUGAGGUUAUAUCUGCAGAUCGAUCAGACAUUGUGAAUAUUGGGAUCCAUUAUUGUUCAUGUCGUGAUUGGCAGCUUCAUGGAAUACCUUGCUCACAUGCCGUUGCAGCUCUCAUCUCCUGUCGAAAGGAUAUAUAUGCCUUUACAGAGAAGUGUUUUACUGUUGCUAGUUACCGCGAGACAUAUGCGGAGGGGAUACACCCUAUCCCUGGAAGACUUGAAUGGAGAAGGGGAGAUGUGGCUCCCAUGGAUGAUGACCCUCAAGUUGUGAGGCCACCAAAGUUUCGUCGACCACCAGGACGCCCUGAAAAUAAACGAAUCUGUGUAGAGGACCUUAAUCGUGAGAAACAUACUGUGCAUUGCAGUCGGUGUAAUCAAACUGGACAUUACAAGACAACUUGCAAAGCAGAGAUUAUGAAUAGUAUUGAACAGUUUUAGGUGACUAAUUUUGUACUUUGUAGAUCACCAUGUAUUCUCAAGUAGUGUAGUGUUGCUGUAUGUAGGCCAUACUUAUAUGUCAGGUCAUGUAAAAUAUAGAUCUCAUAGUAUUUCCGAAUGUAUGAUAAAUGCUAUGACUUUUGAGGAAAGGUAGAUAGUUCAUUGUCAUA